GCUGCAUGACGAAAUGUUCGGGAGAUAAAUGUCGCAAUCAACUGGUUCUAAAAUAAAUCCCGCUCGGCCUCCACUUCGGCAUCCCACGCCCACCAACGUCAUAUCGUGCCCAAUCUUCACCGCCUCUCUUCCCCGUCCUCAUCUUCUCGACCACCGCCCGCGACAUGUGCUCCGAAAAGCCCACCAACGAGCUCUACCAGUGGUCGGUAGUCAGUGCGCUCGUGGACGGGGUCGCGUCCAACGGCCUUCCAAUGUCUCAGCUCCUCGAGCACGGGGAUCACGGCCUCGGCACCUUCCGCGGCAUGCAAGGCGAGCUCAUCGUGCUUGACGGCAAGGGAUUCCAGAUGCGGCAUGAUGGCACCACGCGCCCGAUUGACCUUUCUCCCACAGGCGACGUGACUCCAUUCGGCAUGGUGACGCGCUUCGCGCCCACCUCGACUUCCUCCGCCUCCGUCUCCGAAAAGAGCGGAGUCGAGCCCGUGCUAUCCAAGCUGUGUCCAGACGCGCGCAACACGCACAUUGCAUUCCGCCUCGACGGUGCUUUUAAGAGCAUCACGUGUCGCACGGCUGAGGGCCAGUGCUUUCCCGGCGAGGGGCUCAAAGACGUGGUGGGGCGUCAGGUGUCGAUCACGCUCGGGCCGGCACGGGGCACGGUCGUGGGCUUCCGCUCGCCCGAGUUUCUGCAGGGCGUCGCGGUUGCGGGUGUGCACAUGCACUUCAUCGACGAGAAGCGGAGCGCGGGCGGACACGUUCUCGCGCUCGAGACGGACGGCGAGGUGCGCGUCCAGGUUGCCGAAUUAUGGCGCACCGUCAUGGACUUGCCCCGCGGGGAUACGCAGUUCAACGAGGCGACGAUGAAGCUCGAUGCGGAGGGGAUCAGGAAUGCCGAGGGGUAGCGGGGAAGCGGCUCGGAUAUGGCGGCCCGGCCGUCUUGUACGUAUUGGAUUACCGCGUCAUCUCGGACCGCCCAUGAAACAGGAAGUGCUUGACGGGAUGGGCGCAGCGAAGUCGGGCGCUGAGAACACAGCUCGGGAAUCUUAACUUCUCCAACUUAUCUUGUAGUCGUUGUCUUCGUCAACUCACACAUCAGACGAUGACGCUCUGUCUGACAAUUCGACGCCCCAGCAGCCCUCACCUGCAACGGCUGUCAUGAUACCAGCGAUGACAGGCAUCUUGACUUGG